GGUCCAUCUCUUUCCUUUAGUUUGAAGCUUAUCGUGUGGACAUCUUAUCUCACAGGGACUACAAUUUAUAUUGGUUACUCUGCCACGGUUGUCUCAUUCAUGGCGACGCGAAAUCUUGUUCCGAUCAGGACGGCAGAGGAACUGAAAUCGAGCUCAUUACCAAUUUAUGGCGAUGGAGACAAUAUUGGGAAUCCAUAUGUCUAUGAAGGAGUCGUGGACACGACGGAUCCUAGAAAUAUUUUGUCCCCAGAGGAAGCCUUGCAAAAACUGCAGACCGAGGUUGGAGCAUAUUUAGGAUUUUCGGACGCUUAUACUGCGGCCGGUCUCAGAAUGGGAUUAACGGAGGACUUUUUGUGCAAAAAGUUCUCGCACAUUCCCUUCAGCAAAAUUGACUACAAGAGUUCAAUGUUUGUCAAGAAAGGAUCGCCAUAUCGGGAGUUUUUUAAUUACAGGUGGAAUGCAAGCUAAUUUCAUAAUUUCAUUGUGUUAGACGGCAUCUACUUAUUUCUCAUUUGCAG